AUGGCAUCCAAGUGUUUAUUGCCAGGCGGCGGCGGCGGCGGCGGCGUCGGGAACGCCGGGAGUCGCGUUAAGCGUUCAAAGGCACGUGACGCAUUGAGCUACUGCAGCGAGCUGAUUGAGGCGAUGGACCGCAGCAAGGGCAGGCUGGAGCCCAGCUGGAAGGCAUUGGAUAGCAUUGUGGGCAAGCCCGAAUAUGCGCGCUAUGGUGAGCAGCUCUAUGACGUCAUUGUGACGGGCGGACUGCUCAAAGUAGCGGUAACUGGCAAUAGCAAGGACAACAGCAACAGCAACAGCAACAAAUCAUCUACGAGUGGCAAGUCUAGCUCACCGGGUGGCUCAACCAAUUACUGCGUAUUUCGCGCCCAGGAGGAGCUCAAUACGCUGCGUGUGUAUGAGCAGCUUAUGCUGCGUCUACGGCGUCGCCACAAGCAUGUGGAUGCGGCCUUUGAGCCGCACAUGCAACGACUGCUGACGCUGAUUGCAAAUUUUGAGAUUUCGGAGCGGCGGCGUCUGGCGCUGCUGCUCUCGCUCUUCUUCAUCGACAAUCAACUGAAUCCGCGCUGUUUGCUUGCGCUCGGACAGCAGCCGCUGAACAUUGAGGAGGGACUGGCGCUGGAGUUUAUGCUGCUGGUGUGCGGCACAUUGAAGCGCGAGCGUGGCGCCGACUUUAUGCUGCAAGUGCUGAAGCGCAGCGGACUGAAUGCAAAGAUUAAGACGUUUAUGCCGCCAAUGCUGCGCAGCGAUUUAUAUUUCCAGCAGGUGUAUCAGGAGAGCGAUCUGCAGGAGCUGAUCAAGCUGCAUGAAACGCACGCGGGCCAGGAGCUGCGCCAUGCGCUGCAGGAGCGACUGCUCGACGACUUUACCGAGCAUCUGCCCCAGGUCGCUGUCGUGCGUAAUGUGCGCAAAUUUCAGCGCAAGCAUCACAUGUCCAAUCCCGAAAUUAUCGAUAUUGUCUGGCAUACCAUCACCAGCUGGAAUCGCCCACGCGGCGGCACCAGCAGCAGCAGCAGCGCAGGCAACAGUCAACAGUCCACCUCCCAUCCCUAUGUGGAGCACACAAUGCGCCAGCUGCAGACCUAUGGACCGCUUCUGAAUGCACUUUGCAGCACGGACAGCGCUCAGAUUGCGCUGCUCAAUAUUUUGCAGGAAUGGUGCUAUGAGCAUCAGUCGCUCUUCAAAUUCUUCGAGCGACUCGUCGUCCAUUUGUAUAAGGCGGGCGUGCUUAGCGACGAGGCCAUCAUGCGCUGGCAUGGCGUCGAGCAUUCCAGCAAGGGCAAGCUCGCAUUUCUCAGUCAGAUGCAGCGGUUCAUUCACUGGCUGAACAGCGGCAGCGACUCCCAUUGCCGUCUCGACUACAGCAGCUACCUGGCCAAUCAGAAGACCCAAAAGGCGCGCUCCUCGACUCAGACGCAGCUCUAUAGCGAUGUCAUGCCCGUUCGCCCAGGCUGUGCCAAGUUUGCCAAGCACAUGGCCAAUUAA